UGGGACUCUUCUACUCGUGGGAUACUCACGCGUGCCACGAGGUUAGGUUAGGUUGGAUUCGGUUGCGCGCUCCGCCAAUAACACGAGACGUUUGGGUGUGGUAUCUGUGCCGUGGGAUCGUCAGGUGGGACCGCGUUUUAUGAGACUAGUUUCGUGUCCAGACGGCUAAGUAGACGGACGGACAGACCGACAGACAGACAGACAGACAAACGAACGGACAGACCGAGUGUUGGUAUCUUAGUCUGAUCUCUUAAAACGUAACGAACAACGGCACACUGGCGACCAACAAUAUGAAGAAGAGAAGCCUAUCGGGCAACGUAGGCGUCGGCAUGUUCCUGGUGGGAUUUUUGUGCGUGUGCGUCGCGUUCGGGACGCCUGCAUGGCUGGUAAGCGACCCGCGAAUCACCAACGCGCAGCUCGAUCGCCUCGGCCUCUGGAGGCACUGCUUCAGGUCGCUGCCGAACCCCCAGGAGUCCGACGCGCCCCGUCGCUUCUUCGUUGGCUGUAGAUGGGUUUACGAUCCAUUCACCGCGGGUUACUCCGAGAUUCGUGGCUUCUUAUUGCCUCCGUUCAUGGUAGCCACUCAAGUGUUCUUCACGGUGUGCUUUCUUCUGGCUAUGAUAUCAUUCUGUCUCAUUUUGCUGUUUACGUUGUGCUGCGACCCUGAACGUAAGAGAUACAUCGAGUUAAUAACCACCAUCGGUUACUUGACACUGGUGAGUGGUCUCAGCGGCAGCCUCGCCGUCAUCGUGUUCGCUUGUCUCGGUAACGCUGACGGAUGGAUGCCUGGGCACACCAACAAUUACCUGGGAUGGUCGUUCGCUUUGGGCGUCAUCGGCAGCGUGUUGACGCUGAUCGCGAGCAGCCUCUUCUUGGUGGAGGCGAAUAUACAACGAAAGAAACGCAACUACCUGAAGGAAUCGCAGACGCGAUUUCAGCUCGAGUCUCGCACCUGAUGAACUCGCGAGUAUCGUUAACUGACAGUCUGUAGUACCAUUCCGUCCACGAGGUGCGACUUUCUCGCAGAACUAUCUAUGUAGAAUGUACAAAAUCGGAUCUGCAUUAAUUUAAGACUUAAGUUAAAUGCGUAAGUUUCAUAUUUUUGUAUAUUUUAUAUAUCUCUCCCCCCGAGAAAGAUUAUUCUCGGACAAUAUCAUGUAUAUGUAAGAUGAUUUUAUUGUACGAUAGUAUUGUCACAAACAGGAUAUAUAUAGGAUAUCUGAUGAUAAACAUAUAUAAAACUUUCGUGUACGUGUAGAUCAGGUCAUACUGAACGAGAAAUUUCUCUACCAUUUUGCAAACAAUCACAUAGAAAUGGUAGAGAAAUUUUGUACUCAGUUUCACCUGAUCUACAUGUACGCGAGGUAUAAGACACUGCAGCUUACAGAUAGCUUGUAUACAGACGUACACACACUGCCUAUAUGUAAGUGUAUACACACAGGAUGUGCUGUCGUUACCGGACGAUUUCUUGGAUCCUUCGUGAGUGAUGUAAUUUCCAUCGUUUCCUUUCAGCCACAAUUUCGGACUUCCACACGCGGAGUGUUGUUCUGCGAACCUGAAUAGCACUAACACAAUGUCGUGCACUUUAUUUCAACGUCUCAGCAACUGUAAUCAACGUGUCGACACAUUUCUAAUGACAUAUUUGUACAGAGUGUACAAUUGAUAUUGUAAUAAGCGACUUCGGCUGAAACGAAACGUGAUGUCGAAUUAGACUUGGAACUUUUAUCAUUUGAAGAAUGUCGUGGACCUUCUGUACUGCGACCUCGAUCUUCAAAUUGCUCGAGCGAUUUAAUUUUCCGGCUUACAAUUUUUUUCUACACUUUCUGCUCGUGUUUCCUCGUGCCGAAUCAUUGUCCUGAUUCGAUCACCGAACGUUCUGUGUGUGUAUAUGUAUGAAAUUUUAUGCACAAGACAAACGUUUAUCACGCAACCAGCGUUUAUCACGUAGCCAUAUAUAUUUUUCAAGCUCGUACAUAAUUGCUUGGCUCUAUCUAUGACGAAGCCGUUUAAAGUUAAGGUAAAUUUUGUACUCCGUCCUCUCUUUACUACGAAAUAAAAUAUGCAACUUUUCUGA